AUGUCCCGAAACAUAGUUCUCGAUGCAAAUUGGACCUGGAAACAACGCGACGAGACGGUUAACUCCGUCUUCGACGACAAUGACGGUUGGAAAACGGCACAGACCUCCCCUUCCGAAAUCCACGUGGAACUGCUCAAGGCUGGGCUUAUACCGGAUCCCUACGUCGGAUUUAACGAGCAUAAAGUUCAAUGGAUCGGGAAGGUAGAAUGGCUGUACCAGUGUAGCUUCGAGUUUGUCCGUCAAGAGAACGAAGCGCAUGCUUUACUUGAGUUUCUCGGACUCGAUACGCUCUGCGAUGUCUAUCUAAAUGGCAAGAAAAUCCUUGUAACGGACAACAUGUUCCAAACCCACAUCGUCCCUUUGGACAUCCCAUCACUCAAAGCCCAAAACACUCUUCUUCUCCAUUUCAAAUCGGCUCAACUCUUGGCCAAGAAGCUCGAGAAAGAGAUGGGAAAAGUUCGUGCCGGUUCGACUAACCUGGGUGAUCCAAGUAGAGUUUAUGUCCGGAAAGCACAGUAUGAUUGGAGAUGGGACUGGGGCCCCGAGCUCAUGACUUGUGGACCUUACCGACCAAUCACCCUCAAGGCAUUUGCCGCUCGUAUAGAGCAGGUCAAUACACAUGCAAUCCUUUCCAAGGAAGACCUCCCCUCCCUCUCCAUUGACGUCACACUCUCUGGUAACCCCGUCGUCUCCUCUCUGCACAUAUCACUCCUCGACUCCAAUAACACCCUUCUCAAAGAACAGGUUGUCCCCGCCGAGAUUGCUGUCCUGCACGACGUUAUAUCAUGGAAUCUUGCUAACCUUGUGGAGCCCUGGUGGCCAGUUGGCUAUGGCGCUCCGAACCUCUAUACUGUGACCAUCUUGCUGCUCGAUGCGGCCGGUCAUACGUUGGAUUCACAUUCGAGGCGUAUCGGUUUCCGUCGUGUUGCCCUGAUCCAAGAGCCUUUAGAGGAGGCCGACCAACAUGGAACGGGGACAACCUUCCUGUUUGAAGUGAACGGCGUCAGGAUGUUUAUGGGCGGAUCGAAUUGGGUUCCCGCUGACAAUUUGCUCACAACGAUCACCCCCGAGCGCUAUAGAUCGUGGCUAACGCUACUUCGCGACGGGAACCAGAACAUGGUGCGCCUCUGGGGCGGCGGUGUCUACGAGCCAGACGUGUUCUACGAGACUUGUGAUGAACUUGGUAUUCUAGUCUGGCAAGACUUUCAGUUCGCUUGUGGUGUAUACCCUGCGCACGACUCGUUCGUCGCUAGUGUUCGUAAAGAGGCGGAAGACAACAUCAAACGACUUCGACAUCACCCUUCAAUCGCACUCUUUUGCGGAAACAACGAAGACUAUCAGAUGGUCCUUCAGUGGGGCGACGUGAAAGAUUUCCCUGCCAUCAAAAUUUACGAGGAGGUGCUUCCUAAAGUUGUUGAGGAUUUAACUGGUCCUCAACCGAUUCCAUACCAUCGUGGUUCUCCUUACGGUGGAAAGGGUUGGGAUACUGCUGACCCUACGAUCGGUGAUGUCCAUGUUUGGGACAUCUGGGGAGGUCGUGAACGACCAUAUCAAGAUUACGCUCAGCUCGGCGGACGGUUUGUUUCCGAGUUUGGUAUUCCUGGCCACCCUGAUAUGAAGACCAUCGAAUACUGGAUGGAUGACGCCCCGAAAGAGCAAUGGCAUCCACAAAGUGCUUUGAUGGCGCAGCAUUGCCGCGCUGGGAGCUUCGAGCGGCGUUUCGCCAUCUUGAUGAACGAAGCUUUCCGCGUAACAGAGGAUUUGGAGACGUAUGUCUACAACACCCAGCUUCUCCAGGCCGAGGCUGUUGGCUAUGCUUAUCAAGUAUGGCGACGAAAAUGGGCAGGGAGGGGAAAAGAAUACACUGCUGGCGUUCUUGUCUGGCAAAUGAACGACUGUUGGCCAGUAACGUCAUGGGCGAUUGCGGAUUAUUUCCUUCGCCCCAAACCCGUAUACUACGUCAUCGCAAGACAGCUGGCGCCGAUCACUGUCGGCAUUAUGAGGACAGUGCACAAAAGCCGCGACAAUGACCGUCCAGCUCAGUAUUAUGACUUCAGCACCUUCCGCUCUUAUGGCGCGACGCUGGAUGUCUGGGGGACCAGCGCCUCCCUGAUUGCGCACUCUGCGACACUUGAAAUCCACUGCGUUGAUCUCCUAACUGCAUGGACACACACCGAGACCCAUCCCAUCACACUCCUCCCCAACCAAGCAACCGAGUUACUCUCGAUACCCUGUCCUGGCCCGCCAAACCACCUUGCUGCACCCAAUCCAACUGGAGAUGACCUAUUCACGACCACAUAUUCGGUCGUUGUCGCUGCUCGCCUGCGGGACCCUGAAACGGGGGAAGUUCUGGCGCGAUUCGCUGACUGGCCGCAACCAUUCCGUUUCAUUGAGCCCCGAGUGUUGCGGGAACCCGGGCUGGUGCUUGACGUUCUACGCGGAGAAGAGGCCACGGUCACCGUUCGGGCUGAGCGACCCAUCAAAGGGCUCGUUUUGAGCUCGGUCGAAGACGUUCGUUGGUCGGAUAAUGCUAUUGAUGUCAUGCCAGGAGACACACAGGUCAUCAUGGCGCGAGGAUUGGGGGAGGGGACUAUCGAUGUUGCGUUUCUGAGAAAGGAGACUCGGAGUCGCUGA